CUGGUGCACUUUUUCGUCGGCCACGAGCGCUCGAGCGAGCUGCAUCCAGUGGUGCGGGCACGCAUCGACAUCCAUCGGGACGAGUGUGUCGUGACUACCGGACGCAGCUUGGCUUACCUGGUUAAGAACAGCCUGAGUUGAGGCGGGCCUUUGUUCGGACCACCGACCGGCGAGAGCCUCGAGGUGGGCUACUGCACUAGUGCAAACAACACGAGUUAUUGUUCAUAGUACACCUAUAAAAUUACCAAGUACCCAACGAGCAGAGGUGGCAUUCCGAAACGACGUAGGUUUGAUUACGGUGUACUUCAUUGGACGACUAUUUACAACCAAUAAAGAUGGGUACACUCACAGGGCCAGUGUUCAUGGCCCAGAGGUCAAUGUUAGGUUUCAACAAUCAAACUGUGGUCGACAAGGCGCCUCCUGAAAUCCACUACAUGGUCGAUCCAUACUGGUAUCAAUUCCCACCUAUGAAUCCCCUCUGGUAUGGCAUCCUUGGUUUCGUUAUUUUCUGCCUUGGUGUCGUUUCCAUCUCCGGCAACGGCAUGGUUGUCUACAUCUUCGUCAGUACCAAGAGUCUUCGCACCCCCAGCAAUCUCUUUGUCAUAAAUCUUGCGUUCUCCGACUUUUGCAUGAUGCUCACCAUGUCACCGCCAAUGGUAAUCAACUGUUACUAUGAAACGUGGGUGUUCGGUCCACUGAUGUGCGAAGUUUAUGCCCUGUGCGGCUCCAUAUUCGGAUGCAGUUCGAUCUGGUCGAUGUGUAUGAUUGCCUUUGACAGGUACAACGUGAUCGUCAAAGGUUUAUCGGCCAAGCCUCUGUCCAUCACCGGUGCUCUUAUUCGUAUCGUUGGAAUAUGGCUGUUCUGCUCAAUCUGGACCUUUGCUCCAAUGUUCGGUUGGAAUCGAUACGUACCCGAGGGUAAUCUCACGGCAUGCGGUACGGAUUAUUUCACCCAGGACUGGUUAUCACGAUCAUACAUCGUAGCCUACAGCUUCUUUGUAUACUUUCUGCCACUUUUCAUGAUCAUCUACAGCUACUAUUUCAUUCUGAAGGCUGUGUCCGCUCACGAGAAAACCAUGCGAGAACAGGCCAAGAAAAUGAACGUCGCCUCGCUCAGGCAGGGUAAUAACGAUCAGAGCGCAGAGAAUAAGCUCGCCAAGGUUGCUCUAAUGACGAUAUCUUUGUGGUUCAUGGCCUGGACUCCGUAUCUUGUCAUAAAUUACGCUGGUAUUUUCCAGCUUGCUAAGUUGACACCUUUAUUUACCAUUUGGGGCUCAGUGUUUGCCAAAGCAAACGCCGUUUACAAUCCGAUUGUCUACGGUAUUAGCCAUCCCAAGUACAGAGCAGCUCUAUUCCAAAAAUUCCCGUCUCUGGCUUGCACCGGCGAACCAGCGCCCGGAGGGGAUGCCCAAUCGACCACAUCUGGUGUUACAACGCUCACCGACAACGACAAAACCAAUGCAUAAAUCGGUUGUUCAUCUCUACUUUGCGAUUAUAGUGCUCAUGAUUUUUAAAAAUUCAAAAACUCGAUUAAAAAAUGAUUCUUUAUUCACGGUAAAAUUUUUAAAUUUUAACUAAAAAAUAAAUGUUAUGAGCUAAUUUUGAAACAACGAAAUAGCAUAUUACGACCCAAGGCCGGAAAAGUGAAAAAAGUCUCCGAUUGUUUGAGUAUUGUUGUCGUAGGCAAAGCCUUGGAUGAUAAUUGGAUAAGCCGAGGCUUUUUUACUUUCGGCCGUGGAUUGUACGCGAUUUUCCGAGCCGUUGGCGUGAAAAAAAUUUGGCAUUGGAAUAAGAUUAUUCUAAUUUUUGGUAUAUGAUAUAGUAAAAAUAAUGGAAAAAUUGGGUUCAAUACCAGAUAUGGAGAAAAGUCGGGUCGAAUUGACGCAUGUUACAAAAUGUACCUGCAAUUUGGAUGUGAUUUGUAAAUAUUUAUCGGAUGGUUGACGGAGUUGUUUGCAGCGAGAAAAUGUCACUUCUGCACUGGAAAUCUGUGAUCUAUUAGCCCACGCGAUCGGCCGAGCCACAUAUCAUUAUAAUAUGCGUUAGUUUUGGAACUAAUAUUAUGCAAAAGUUUUACGAUACUCAAUUAAAUUACAAUAAAAAAAAACGACGUUGACAGUCCCGAUAUGCAGACGCAAACUAAUGUUAUUAAUAAAAUUAUACAUUAAUUGCUCAGAAGUCUUAUCGUUCGAAACGAUAAUGCAACUUGGGUCUCACCACAACUCAAGUUGUAGUGUCUGUAGCCGUUAAUGAAAGUACGUUGGGUGCCUUCGGUUUAUCGUGUUGGGCAUUUAAUUUUUUUACAUUUUGCGUAAUUUUACACUGUAUGACGUAUGUCCUAAUUCUAAAAAGGUUACACACGAAUACAGUCUGCUAAUGUUAACGAAUCAUACCAAAUUUUAUCUGUAAUUCAAUUUUGUAAGUUACAAUAAAUUACGUAUGCAUUCAAAGUGCUAAAAAACCUA